AUGCCAGCUCGAGGGGCCGAUGGCCAACCAGUAACUAAAAUAGCCGAAAUACCCCGGGAAUUUGAAGAGAUAGAAGGGGCUUUUGAUAUAGACAAUAUUCAACUAAUUGAUUACGGAUUGAAGGAUGACGAACUCUUCAAAAACUUAAAGAUGAGCUCAGAUGGAAGUAUUGAUGAUUUAGAUGAAAACAAGAUAUACGAAAAUGAGCUAGCCAUGAGUGAAGAUGAGAUUGAGAGGAUUAGAGGACCUGGUCGGAAAAGUCAUGUUCGAGGUGGUGUAGGACUUUCAGAGAUGGAUACCCAGACCAAUCGCAUUCUUAGCUUGAACAGCGAUGUAGGGAAUGACAUCUGCAAAGAGAAUCUGCGUAAAAUACACUUCUAUCUGGAUGAGGAUGAAAAGCGAGAGAAAGCUCUUGAAGAGGAGAUCAGCAGGACACUCGGGUAUUUGCAGCAGAACAGAACUAAAUAA